AUGAGGACCUCACUCUUCACCACCCUUACUGCAGUCCUCUCUGUCGCGGCAGCACUUCCAACCAAAACAACAUUGGUGAAGCGGCAGAAGGCGGAUAAGUUCUUGUUGAAGCCUGCACCGGAUGCUCCUGUGGAACUCCAGGGUCUUGGGGUAAUCCAGUGGGACGGCAUGGUUGGCCAAGACAUAGUGAAUUCCUCCGGAAAGAUGGGAUGGUUCCCGGGAAACACGACUGCUAAAGACGCUCAAGUCUUCAUCCAGUACAACUCGGAUGAUGGUAUAGCCUUCUAUGCUAGGAAUACAGCUAUGCAAGUAUACCUAAAUCCUACUUGGACAAACCCGGCCUACCAAGCGAAGAUUGGAAACCCCAAUUUCGAAGCCAAACCAGAGUGGACUCUACAGAACAACUUCACAAUUGAUACCGAGACUGUUGGUGACGCCUCUAUUGAGUAUUUCGGAUACCUACAUCAGUACAAGGACAAAUGGCUUGCAUGCAAUGACAAUGGAAUCUACACUAUUUACUUUGGUGGAGAAAACCCGGACAAUUGUUUGCCAUUUAACAUAGAGACAGAGCACUUUGUGUAG